GCAGUCUCUGGUCAUCUCCUGUACUGUGUCCGCAGUCUCUGGUCAUCUCCUGUACUAUGUCCGCAGUCUCUGAUCAUCUCCUGUACUGUGUCCGCAGUCUCUGAUCAUCUCCUGUACUGUGUCCGCAGUCUCUGGUCAUCUCCUGUACUGUGUCCGCAGUCUCUGAUCAUCUCCUGUACUAUGUCCGCAGUCUCUGAUCAUCUUCUGUACCAUGUCUGUAGUCUCUGGUCAUCUCUUGUACUGUGUCCGCAGUCUCUGGUCAUCUCCUGUACUAUGUAUAUAUAUAUAUAUUUUUUUUUUUUUAAACAUACACACACUCAGGGAGUAUGUAUU